AUGCGUCUGGAUAUCGACCCCAACUAUGUUCUGCAGGCCGCGCGACUGACGGCCAUUGUUGCAGCGGCGCCUCGCCAGGACGACCCUCGCUAUCCGGACUGGGAGACGAGGAUUUACCUCGAAGUGAGUCGGCUUGAAAAGAGUUUCCUGCAGCCCUUGAAGUCGUUGAGGAUGCCUGGGAUCGUCAUCAGCGCGUUGCUGGAAUUCACCCGGGCAUACCAGCAGAAGGCCCUGGCGCGGCUGGACCACAUAUCGAACGACGACGAGAGGAUAUACAAGAGGUACCCUCUGGCUGUGCACGAGUAUGGGGAGUGUGAGGACCUGGGAAGGCAGUGGUGGACUGAAGAUCCAUAUUGCAAGCUGCCACCGGUGAAGAGUACGCCAGUGGAGGGCUGGGGCAAUGUGCCAGCCGAUGAUGACACCCAGGGACGUGGCGAGGAGGACCUGGCUACCGGGGACCUCGUCACCAAGGGGAAAGGCAAGGAGAGAGCUGACAAUGACGUCGGGACAGGCAUGGUGAGUGAGCGUAUCGUCCACGUGGAGGCGGGGGAGGACAAGGAAAAGGGCAAGAGCAAGGAGAAGGUGCAGGGGAAGGCGGCGCAUGCGAUGAGCGAGGAAGAGGAUGGGGGAGAGGGAGAGGGAGAGGGAGAGGGAGAGGAGCAGGAGGGUGAGGACGACGACGAUGCCGACAGUGAUGAGGACGACGAUGCCGACAAAGAUGAUGACGAUGAGAUGGCGGAAGACGUGCCGGGUGCAGGCCAGCCCGAAUCCAUCGAGGUCGAUGCGGCGUCGCCCCCUCCGCCAACUGCCAGACCAAUAUCGAUCUCGCCAGCUGCCCCAUCACUCCGAAAGCGCAAGGCGGUCAUCACAGAGUCGAGUGAGGAGAGUGAGAACGAGGAGGCGGCUCCGAAGGCGAAGCGGAUGAAGCUGAUCGAGGUCGCAAAGGAGAAAGGCGAGGCCCCAACCACCUCUGGCUGA